UUAACCUACCAGUGGGCUCACAAUAAAGUUGGUUGUGCUAUUGUGCUUGAAGGUGUCAGUCAGUGAUGGCUACCGGAUACGUUAGGAUGGCCAAAAAGGGAACCAUUUUUAUGGUAGUUUGUAUCGGGCUGGUGGCCAGCGUGCAGAGUGUUGCUUCGUUGGCACAAGAACGUCGCAACCUAGCGGCGGAAGCGUGUACAGAUGAUGUCGGCGAAAGGCAGCACUAUUCUGACCGGAGGAUCGAUCGCUUGGAUCAAGAUCAGGAGCAACGGCUACUGCUGUUCAAUCGGCUGGAUAGAUAUCGCGACGUGGAGGAUCGGCACGAAAAGGUGAACCACCGUGGAGUUGAUCGACUGGUAGACGUACAUCGCCAAGAACGGUUAGCUCGCAGUGACACCGAUCGUGCUCAGAUCACCCGAGAACGUCGUGGAGAUGAGGUAGUGCUAUCUAGGCGUGAAAAUCGGCUCGAGGAACGUGCAGAGAAUCGUCGAGAGGUCCGCAUGAAAGAUCGCCAUGACGAACGAUUGCAGGACCGAGAACAACGCCUAGUAGAACGUCGUCAGGAAGAUCGUCGUGUAAACGAUCGUGACGAAAGACGCCAAGAAGAGCGCCGAGAACAUUCCCGUGAGGACCGUCGGGAAGAUCGCCGAGAAGAAAUUCGAGAUGAUAGUCGAGAUGAACGACGACGGGAAGGCCGAGCGGAUCUGCGGGAAAGGCGUCAGGAAGAUUCCCGUGGGGACCGUCGGGAAGAUCGCCGAGAAAAUCUUCGAGUUGACAAUCGAGAUGUUCGACGACAGGAAAGCCGAAUGGAAUUGCGGGAAGGACGUCAGGAAAAUUCCCGUGAGGAUCGUCGGGAAGAUCUCCGAGUUGACAAUCGAGAUGGACGACGAGACGAACGUGUAGAGGAGCGUCGAGAAGCUCGCCGUGAAGAAAUCCGAGACAAUAACCAAGAUGAACGUCGUCGGGAACGACGGGAGGAUCUUCGAGAAGAACGUCAAGAAGAUUCCCGAGAGGUCCGCCGAGAAGAUCUUCGUGAUGGUAACCGAGUAGAACGCCGACAGGAACGUCGAGAGGAUCUGCGAGAAGGACGUCUUGAAGAUUCCCGAGAAUAUCGUCGAGAAAAUCGCCAUGAAGAUCUUCGCGAUGCUAACCGAGACGAACGCCGACAGGAACGUCGAGAGAAUGUACGAGAAGAUCGCCGUGAAGAUCUUCGCGAUGGUAACCGAGAUGAACGUCGAGAAGACCGUCGAGAGAAUGUACGAGAGGAUCGACGAGAAGACCUUCGAGAUGAUAACCGGAACGAACGUCGGCAGGAACUGGAUCGCCAGGAAGACCUACGUCGGAUGAAACGAGAGGAUCGCUGUGACGAACGCCUUGAAGAUCGCCGCGAAGACAACCGAGAGCAACGUCGCGAAAACAUAUUGGAUAACCGACGAGCAGCUCGUUCAGAAGAAUCUCCCGAGGAACGCCUUCAGGACCGUAGAGAACGUGCUGUAGAAAGACGCGUAGCUGCAGCAGAGGACCGUCGUGAAAAUAGUCGACGUGAGCCAGAAACACGUCGAAUUGCCGAACGUCGUGAAACUACUCGCAGAGAACGCACUGAGGACGAUCCACGUAGAAUGGAACGCAGGGAGAAUGGCGAACUGGAAGAAGCCGAACGCCGAUUCGAACGUGCGGAACGUCGUUUGGAAGAUGAUCGCCGCCGCCAGAACGUUGCCCAUCGGGAGGCCGAAGGGCGUCGCAAUGUUCGCGAGCGGGACCAUUUUAACGACCGCUACCAAGGUGAUGGGAAAAUGGUCGCUUUCCAGCAGGAAAACGCUUUCCUAUAUCAGCUCAUCCAAACUGCAGCUCUGGUGGGUGUUGCUGGUUACUGGCUGCUUAAGGGAUCCGGUGCCGAGGAUCUGAAGAAGAAACCCAACUCGAUGGUGGAAGCCGUCCGGAAGCUGCUUGGGGUCGAACAAAAGUAAGGUAAAUAAUCUCUAUUCACUAUCAUUGUAUUAUCCAGUGCAUUUUAGACGUCAAUGGUAGAUGUGUAACCCUUAAAAAGGGGGGCAGGCAGGGGAGGAGAAACGCAGUCACCCACACACAGGCUUAACAGACAGUACAAACAACCAAACAAAACUAUUUAACCUAAUAAUAGAUCGAUGUACUAAUUACACUUAACCGGGUAAUAGCCAUCUUUUUCCAAUACGUAUCGCAUCGUAUGAUUUUCUGUAUGUUUUAACAAACCAUUAAUUGACCAUCGGAGCAGCUGUACCAAAACUGUAGAGAAAGGCGUAGUGUACAAUGUGACACUCGCACAAUGUAGCGGAAAAACAUCAGGAAAAUGCGUGUGAUAGUGAGCGGGUAGUACACGUUAAAUAUUUGGCUUUAUGUUCAAUAUUCCAUCUGGAUCUGACCCGUAGACUGUAUACAUAGCAAUCAACGAAAUUAUCUACUGUUAGAAACCAAUAUGAUGGAACCCAAGUGACAUCUAAAAAACCACUAAUGCUGAUGAAUAAUAAUAAAAAUAUCGCUCCAAAUGCGGCCUCUUCUGCUUGUAGUAACCUGAGGAAGGAUAUAGCUUUGCACUGUGCACAUGCACGUUGUGGAAGAUCAUAGUAGCAGGUGUGUAUAACCCACAGCAUCCAAUCCAUAUGUAACCGUUGAGCAGCGCCCGACAAAGACGACGUACAACGACAACGGGGCAGGAUAUUGUGGAACGACGACAACGACGAUCCUAAGAAAUGUCUAGUUAUCCAUGCGUAGUAUGAUUUAUUGAGGGCAUCCCUAGCUGCAGCAAUCAUAACGAAAGCUGUUCUGCUUUAAAAACAACGCAACCACAUUAUUUACUACCAAUACGCAAAGGAGAUAACAAUAAAACUUAAAUAUCCUUGU